AUGCAACAACCUCUAUUUCCAAUGGAGCCAAGCGAUCCACCGUUGCUUGCAGCGAUGCAUUUGUCUGCUCCACAGCUAGAAGUCGCUCCGACAGACAGCGGUAGUCCUCAAGGCGAGGCAGCCGGCGCACGACGUGCUAUAAAUCGUCAAGAGCGUCCGCACAGCGACAUGCUACUUCAGCAUGACGCUCAGCGGAGCUCCGAUCACAAAGGACCUCGACCUCAAGCGCUCGAAGAGCGUCACGAGUCACUGGACGGCAGUCGACCCGGUCGUCAAUGCCUUCCACUGACUCUACUCGAUGAUAACGGUGACGUCCACUAUCACGUGGAACGUCUGGUAAGACGACGUCGUCACCAGGGUCAGACCCAAUAUCUGGUGAAGUGGCGGGGAUAUCCCGACUCCGAAAAUUUGUUGGAGUUUGAGACGCCACUUCAGCAAGAUUGCCCAGACGCCGUGGACGCUUUUGAUCAGAAAGAUCAGGACGACCCGCGCUUCCCGGCAAUAGCCAGGGAAGUUUGA